ACCCACAACAACAAGUAGGUGUGUUUGAGUUUACGAAGGUGCUAUCCGAUAUAAAAGAGAAUAUAAUCAAACAAUUACUUCAUUUUGUGCUUCACCUUGACGUUGAAGUGCCAAAUAUCGGUGCUGUUUCUAAAGAAAGAUCACAGAAAUGUGGCACCUUGUGACAUUUGUUGCAUUGCUGGCAAUUACGGCUUAUGGAGUACCUGUAGACACGAUUACCGAAUCUUUAGUUCUUACAACUACUGAUGUCCCUGCAACAUCUGUUAAAACAUCAGAGGCCGAUAAUGUCAAAAAGGGCUCUGCAGAUAUUUAUGCUUUUAACGUUCUAUCUAGAAUUGGAAGUAGAUAUGCUACUACUCUAGUAUCGUCUAAGCUGAAAAAUAAUGCGGAUACUGCAAGAACUGCAGCAUUCAGUGUAGUUCUGCCUGAAACAGCAUUCAUCAGCGGCUUUUUAAUGGAAAUUGAAGGUAAGGUGUAUAAAGCGCAUGUAAAAGAAAAGGAAGAAGCGAAAAGAGUGUAUAAUGCAGCAGUUCAAGGAGGACUAGCGGCAGCACAUGUGGCUCUAAGUGCAAGAGAUUCGAAUAGAUUUACUGUAGACGUGUCAGUUCCAGCCACACAAAAAGCAACAUUUAAUUUAACGUACGAAGAACUUCUGUCCAGGAGGGUGGGCGUCUACAAUCACGUGCUCAACUUGAAUCCUGGGCAAAUUGUGAAAGAAAUGUCUGUAGAUGUGUUUAUUGAUGAAAAUCGUCCGAUCACUACAUUACGUGUUCCUGAGUUGCGAUCUGGAAAUGAAGUUACUCCCGACGAAAGCGAUCCAAAUAAUUCUGUUGCCACAAUAAUGAGAGACGAAAAGGAUAAAACUAAGGCACAUAUAAGAUUUGCACCGACACCAGAUCAACAAGCCAGAUUAAUGAUGCAAUUAGUGGAGAAAGAAAAGAAAGAUGAUCAUCCUACAUUCAAUCCAUUCGUUGUUAAUACGGAAUCAUCAAAUGUAAAUUCGGGUCUUAAAGGGCAGUUUGUUGUUCAAUAUGAUGUUGAAAGAGAUCCCGCCGGUGGAGAAGUUCUAGUAUAUGAUGGCUAUUUCGUCCAUUUCUUUGCACCCGAUGAUCUGAAAUCAUUGCCAAAACAUGUGGUAUUUGUUUUGGACACUUCUGGAUCUAUGCACGGAAGAAAAAUAGAACAACUUAGAACUGCAAUGAGCGCCAUUCUAUCUGAUUUGAAACCAGAAGACUUCUUUCAUAUAAUCAACUUUAGUUUUGCUGCAAAGGUUUGGAAUCUUGAUGAUCCUAGCACUAGCCCAUCUUAUUCCAGUCCUAAUGUACAUUGGUGGGGUCCUAAAGAAGAAACUAAUGAUAAAGAAAAUCCACCGCCGGCAGCUUAUCCAGCGAACGAAAAUUAUUUGUCCAAAGCAAAGGAAGAAGUUUCGAAACUUGAAGCUAAUGGAGGUACCAACAUAUAUGAUUCUUUGGAGAUUGCAAUGAGGGUUGCUAAUAGAGGUGUCGAUUCAGAAACAUUAACCAGCGGAGUACCUAAACCGGAACCUUUAAUUAUUUUCUUGACUGAUGGUGAUCCAACCGUUGGAGAAACUGAUCUUAACAAAAUUUAUACCAUGGUAGAUGAAAGCAAAGUCAGUGAUAAACCUCCUACUAUUUUUUCUCUGGCAUUUGGUGAUGAUGCAGAUAGAAACUUUUUGCGCAAAAUUUCUUUACGUAAUGGAGGAUUUCUGCGACAUAUUUAUGAAGCUGGUGACGCAUCUAGACAAUUGCAAAACUUUUACCGUGAAGUAUCCUCUCCUUUGUUAGCGGGUGUUAAAUUUACAUAUCCCUCGGAUCAGAUAGAUGAACAAUCACUGACGAGGCGGUCCUUCCCACAUUUAUUUAUGGGCUCUGAACUAGUGGUAGCCGGGCGCAUGCAAUCCGACGCUGUAGAAUUAGAACCAGAAGUGAAAGCUGUUGGAGCCUCCGGUUCGUGGUCAACUACGGGAAUUGUCAAGUCUCCGAUUGCACCAAUUCGAGUACAACACAAGCCCGCUCCAUUAGAAAGGCUUUGGGCAUAUUUGAUGAUCAAGCAAUUGCUGGACGAAAAGGAUUCGCAAAUCGAUAUUGAUUCAACCCAUAAAGUCGAUGAGGUGCCACAUGCCGAACCGAACGCUUUGCAACCAACUAAUACGAAAGAUACGGCCAAAGGACAGGCUUUGAAACUUGCACUCAAGUACUCGUUUGUAACACCGCUGACUUCCCUUGUCGUUGUGAAACCGAAUGCAACGGACAGCUCAGUUGAUACAGAGACUGCAAAACCAGGUUCCAACGGCGGGCAUGCGUUACCAUUAUCAUUUGCUGCUCCUUCAAUGUCACACAGAUCGUCUCCGGUCAAUUUUGGUGGAGCGUAUUUCAGUAAGAUUCGAACUCGUGUAAGUGGCGGUCCCGGUUUAUUUGCUUUUGCCGGUCAACCUGCUUCUGGGACUUUUCCCUCUAGUUCUAGUUCUUUGGUGCUUGGACCUCCUGGUAUGUCGAUCGCUGGUAUCGGAGGUGGUUUUGCGGGUGUUGAUCGUGUUGAUUCAGUAUAUAAAGUGAGUGUCGAAAAUGAAGAAUCGCUAGCUUUUGAUGUUGACGAAAGCUUUAGUACAACUUCUUUGCCUGAACAUCAUCAAGAACUCAACAUGUUUCCUUGGCUAGCAGGGCAUUUGCAUGAGAGUAAAUUGGAGUUUGAAGAAAAUGGAAUGAGGCAUAGUUAUAAUUUCACGUCACUAGAGCUGCCUAGUCAACCAGAAUGCGAUAAUGCUGUAAGCAGUGGCUCCGGAAAGUGCGUUCCAUUAUUAUAUUGCCCCGGCGCUCAAAAUCAGAUAAUAAGCUUAGAUAUCUAUCGGAAAUUUUUCUGUACCGUGGAAGGAUUUGCUGGGGUGUGCUGCGAUGAAAACAACCGACAGACGGAUUCUUUGCCGUGAUGAAAGCAACCACAAAUAUCACUCAAUUUUGUUUAAAUAAAAUUAUAAAAGUAGCAGUACCUAGGAUAGGUAUAGAAAUAAGAAAUGCAUUGAUGCACUAUCUACUUAAAAAAAUUCAUUCAAUUAUUACAUAUAUUUUAUUAAUACAAUUAUAAAUUUAUUAUUUAUUUUCAAUAUUAUUCUUUACAGUAA